AUGGCAGUCUAUAGUCAGCACGUGACCGUACUACAAUCGUUGCUCCAGCAACAAGGAAUUGUAGACUUUUCAUCGACUCCCUCGCAUCCUGCUCAACUGCAAGCGACACCAUUCAAGCUUGACAUCAAUGAUCUUGUACAUCCUGCGGAACCUCCGAUCACCGAUAAGCUAUAUUCUGGGUUUUUAGAACACCUCGGACGGUGUAUCUAUGGCGGAAUAGUUGAUAACCCAAAAGCUCCCAGUCCCGAACACCUGCUCGAAAAGCAGGAUAAUGGAGAUACGCAUACCAAAGGCAGAUUAGGUUUCCGGAAAGAUGUUAUGGGCUGUUUAGCAAAAGAUGGGGAGCUCCGAGUACCUAUGUUAAGAUGGCCAGGAGGUAAUUUUGUAUCAAAUUACCAUUGGCAAGACGGGGUUGGUCCAAUUGAUCAGAGACCAAAGAGAAUCGAAUUGGCUUGGCUCAGUGAUGAGUCAAAUAUUUUCGGUACUGAUGAGUUCAUCGAUUAUUGCCAAGCUGUUAGCUCCGAGCCUUACAUAUGUUUGAACAUGGGAACAGGGACACUGGAAGAGGCUUUAGGGUGGCUAGAGUACUGCAAUGGUGCCGGUGAUACCCAUUGGGCAAACUUGCGGAGAAAACAUACUGGACGAGAUGAGCCUCACGCUGUCAAAUACUGGGGAUUAGGUAAUGAGAUGUGGGGACCUUGGCAGGUCGGUAAUAUGCUGCCGUCAGAGUACGCACGGAAAGCUAGACAAUGGGCUCACGCUUUAAAACUGGUUGAUCCUACCAUCAAGCUAGUGUCGUGUGGAGAAACAGGAGCAUCAGACUGGGAUAGGGAGGUGAUUCAAGCGGUAUUACCUUGGGCAGACAUGCAUUCAAUUCACUUUUACACAAUGUUGGGGCAUGAUAAGAUGUCCAGUGUUCCAGGAUAUGAAUACGAAAAGAAUGUUUUUGGUCCAGCAGCAGCGGAAAAACAUAUUGAAGUAUGCAAAUCCCUCAUUGAUAUGGCAAACAUUGGACGGGCGAUAGAAAAGAUGCCUGCUAAAGAUAUGAAGAUCUGUUUUGACGAGUGGAAUGUCUGGGACGAACUGAAAGCUCCAGGUGCAGUUGGUUUAGAGCAGAAGUACGAUUAUACGGAUAUGUUGGGGUUCUGCGCUUGGUUAAACGUUCUGGUUCGAAAGCACAAAGAUAUCGGAAUCGCUUGUCUCGCGCAAUCAGUCAAUGUCAUAUCACCCCUCAUGACACGGCCUGAUGGGAUCCUCCGUCAGACUCUUUACUAUCCUCUGGAGCUGUUCAGUAAAUAUAUGAAACAUGGCCAUCUUCUGCAUUUGCCAUCUUUCCCUGAUGUAUAUACUGGACCAACGUAUCCGGUUUACAUCCAACAAGCUAAUUAUAGACCCACCUACAUCGACAGUGUCGCGGUUCAAGUCAAGACUGACGGGGGUCUAAGUGUCCGCCUAAGCGUCUUGAAUCGACAUCCUACAGCUGAUUGGGACGCGAAGAUCAGCUUCUCAGGGUUCAAAAUCAAAGACGUUUAUGUCCAUGAGAUCUAUUCAGAUGAUCUCGAAGUCGCGAACACCUUCGAAAAUCCACUUGUGGUUGUGCCUGCAGUAUCACGUUUUAGUAAUGAAGAAUGGAGUGAGAGAUCUGAACAUGGCUGGACAGUACGAAGACACUCUUGGGUGUUCCUAAUGUUCGAUGGAACGAAAGAGUAG